GCUACGUUAAAUUGGCGCCAUCGCAUCUCGUCCACCUCCAUUACUGCCUCCUUCCCCAGAUUGUACCAGCUUAUCGCCAGCGCAGGCAGCCAUGGGCAAGAAACACGCGGUCGGUGGCGGCGGUGGCUGGUUGGCCGCCGUUAGGAAGGUCUUCCUGCCGUCGUCGUCGUCCUCCAAGGACAAGGACGCCGCGCCGCAGGGGGAAAAGAUCGGAGCCGGCGAGGAGGAGGCCACCGGUGGAGCCGAGGAGCCGGAGGUGCUUCUGCUGGAGCACUUCCCGGCGUCCGGGACGUCGCCGGAGCCGAGCAACGAGGACGAGGAGGAGGUGGCCGACGACAUGGAGCGCGCAAGGGCCCUGGCGGCCGCGGCGGAGACGGCGGCGAGGGUGGUAAGGAUGUCGGCGCUCCGACGCUCGUCCUGGGAGGAACGCGCCGCCGUACGCAUCCAGGCCUUCUACCGCGGAUACCUGGCCCGGCGAGCCCUUCGCGCGCUGCGCGGCCUGGUGCGGCUGCAGGCGCUUGUGCGCGGUCACCAGGUGCGGCGGCAGGUGCACCUCACCAUGCGCUGCAUGCAGGCCCUCGUCCGCGCCCAGGCCCGCGUCCGCGCGCGCCGCCUCAUCCAAUUCCCGCUCCUCCUCCUCCCGCCGCCGACCCCUCCAGCCAGCCGCUCCACCCUCGACUUGGCAUUGCAGGGUGACCAGGAAGUCAGUGACGACGGCGAGGUGGCAGACCUGCUGCUGCAGCAGCAGCGAAUCAGAGACAGAGGCAGGCUUGGCAGAGCCGACGAUAACGGCGGCGGAAGGAGCCCUUCCGGGGGAUGGGACGGCAGCAGCCGCACCCUGGAGGACGCCAGGGCCGACGGUGCGCGCCGGCACGACGCAGCCGCCCGCAGGGAGAGGGCGCUCGCCUACGCCUACCAGCAGCGGCAGUGGCAGCGGCAGGAGGAGAAGAAGGCCGGCCUCGGCUUCCAACGGCUGGAGCGCUGGAUGGCCGCGCAGGCGCAGGAGCAGCAAACGUCAGACCACGCCAAGACGCACCACGGCGCGGGCACCAGAACGACGUCCUACGUUACGGCGGCGGCUACUUUCGCCGGCGGUAUCUCCGAUAAGACGGUGGAGAUCGACACGUCGUUCCGGAGUCCGCUGAACCCGGCCGCCACUGUUCACGGGAGGCCGCCGGCGAUACCAGGCUACAUGGCCGCAACGCUGUCGGCGCGUGCCAAAGCGCGCACGGUGCCGCCAUCGGCCACACCGACACACGUUAGGUGCUGGUCCGGCGGCGGGCUUGCUGAGGACAGUUCAAGCUCGGACCAGAGCGCGAGCCAGAACGGCGGUGCACUAACCGGGUACAACCUGGAGUCGAGUUGCACAGGUGACUGGACGCCACCACGCCCUGGCGUCAGCACGCGCACCGGCAGGGUGGCCUAUGCUUGAGCUUGACAUGAGCAUGGAUCCAAGACAAAAAUCCAUUGUAUCAUCAUGAUUCAUGAUUGUGCUAUGGAACGUGUGUGAUCUGAAGUUGCUCCACGACUCAUUUUUGAAUAUUUGCUGUUUAAAAUGUAUAGCUUGCUGUGUUUGUGGCCGAUGCUUGUUGCCUCUGUAAAACCUCUAAACAAUGGUCAAAAC